UGACGGGCGCUGAGGAGCUGCGCGGGCGGGGGGCGCUGCGGCCCGGCCCGGCCCGGCCCGGCGGGGGCGGCGCACGGCCGGGGGCGGUUUUCCCGCCCGCCCGCCGCGGCGGCCGCGGGCUGAGGGCGCGCAGGGCCGGCGGCGAGCCCCGGGCGCUGAGGGCGGGGAGGCGGCCGCUGCCCCCCCCCGCGCUCUCACACACGCACACGCGCACCCGGGAGGCGCUCGGCGGCACCGGCGGAGGGGGAGCCGCCGCUGCCGCCGCCGUCCGCCUCGCCCGCCCGCCCGCCGCCAACACCACCACCACCCCCCCCGCCUCGGGGGCGGCUGCCCCCGGCGGAGCCUCCAUCUGCAGCCCGGCGGCGGGAGCGGGAACAUGGCGGACCUGGAGGCGGUGCUGGCCGAUGUCAGCUACCUGAUGGCGAUGGAGAAGAGCAAGAGCACCCCGGCGGCCAGGGCCAGCAAGAAGAUCACCCUGCCCGAGCCCAGUAUCCGCAGUGUUAUGCAGAAAUACCUUGAGGAGAGGGGUGAAUUAACCUUCGACAAGAUCUUUCAUCAGAAAAUUGGAUUUUUGCUUUUUAAAGACUAUUGCAUGAAUGAGAUUGAUGAAGCCGUCCCUCAACUGAAGUUUUAUGAAGAGAUAAAAGAAUACGAAAAACUGGAUUCUGAGGAUGAGCGUCUAACCAGAAGUCGGCAGAUUUAUGACACGUACAUAAUGAAGGAGCUCCUGUCCUGUUCACAUCCUUUCUCAAAACAAGCUGUAGAUCAUGUACAAACAUAUUUAGCCAAGAAACAAGUGCCCGCCAGCCUUUUUCAGCCAUAUAUAGAAGAAAUUUGUGAUAGUCUCCGAGGAAAAAUAUUUCAAAAAUUUAUGGAAAGUGACAAGUUUACUAGAUUUUGUCAAUGGAAAAACGUAGAACUAAAUAUUCAUCUGACCAUGAAUGACUUUAGUGUACAUAGAAUAAUAGGAAGAGGGGGAUUUGGUGAAGUGUAUGGUUGCAGAAAAGCAGACACUGGAAAAAUGUAUGCAAUGAAAUGUUUAGAUAAGAAGAGAAUCAAGAUGAAGCAAGGAGAAACAUUAGCCUUAAAUGAAAGAAUUAUGCUGUCUCUUGUCAGUACAGGAGACUGUCCGUUCAUAGUGUGUAUGACGUACGCCUUCCACACCCCUGACAAACUCUGUUUCAUUCUGGACCUGAUGAAUGGAGGAGAUUUGCACUACCACCUCUCCCAGCACGGAGUGUUUUCUGAAAAAGAAAUGAGGUUUUAUGCUACUGAAAUCAUCCUGGGUUUAGAACACAUGCACAAUCGCUUUGUGGUGUACAGAGACCUCAAGCCUGCAAAUAUCUUGUUGGAUGAACAUGGGCAUGUGAGGAUAUCAGACCUUGGGCUGGCUUGUGAUUUUUCCAAGAAGAAGCCACAUGCUAGCGUAGGUACCCACGGAUACAUGGCUCCAGAGGUGCUCCAGAAGGGAACAGCGUACGAUAGCAGUGCCGACUGGUUCUCGUUAGGCUGCAUGCUCUUCAAACUUCUGAGAGGUCACAGUCCUUUCAGACAGCACAAAACCAAAGAUAAGCAUGAGAUCGACCGGAUGACGCUCACCGUGAAUGUGGAGCUACCAGAUUCAUUUUCUCCUGAACUGAAGUCCCUUUUGGAAGGGCUCCUGCAACGGGAUGUUAGCAAGAGACUUGGAUGCCAAGGAAGAAGUGCACAAGAAGUAAAAGAACAUCCUUUCUUCAAAGGCAUCGAUUGGCAGCAAGUCUAUUUACAAAAGUAUCCUCCACCAUUGAUUCCUCCCCGGGGAGAAGUAAAUGCAGCAGAUGCUUUUGAUAUUGGGUCAUUUGAUGAAGAGGACACUAAAGGCAUUAAGUUGCUUGAUAGUGACCAGGAAUUAUAUAAGAACUUCCCUCUGGUAAUAUCGGAGCGUUGGCAGCAAGAAGUAGCAGAAACUGUUUAUGAUGCAGUAAAUGCAGACACAGAUAAAAUUGAGGCCAGAAAAAGGGCUAAAAAUAAGCAGCUUGGCCACGAGGAAGAUUACGCGCUUGGGAAGGAUUGCAUUAUGCACGGAUACAUGCUGAAACUGGGGAACCCGUUCUUGACUCAGUGGCAACGUCGUUACUUUUACCUCUUCCCAAACCGACUUGAAUGGCGAGGAGAAGGAGAGUCACGGCAAAACCUACUGACAAUGGAACAAAUAGUAUCUGUUGAAGAAACACAAAUUAAAGAUAAGAAAUGCAUCUUACUGAGAAUUAAAGGAGGAAAACAGUUUGUCCUGCAGUGUGAGAGUGACCCAGAAUUUGUUCAGUGGAAAAAAGAGCUGACAGAAGCUUUUACUGAGGCUCAGAGGUUGCUGCGUCGGGCUCCAAAGUUUCUCAAUAAAUCUCGCUCAACAGUUGUAGAGCUUUCAAAACCACCGCUCAGCCACAGGAAUAGCAAUGGUCUGUAGGAGAAACAGAACAAAGUUCACUUAGGGAAAGCUACUUGGUGAACAUGUUGAGUUUCACAGAAUCCUUAUGAAUUACUUUGUGCAAUCCUGGACGCGGGGUGUGCUUAGCAGAGGAAGAAUUAGAUGUUUACAGCGUGGGAUUUUGUUAGAACUUCUCCGGAGGUUGUGAAGACUGGAACAAUGGCAAGUGAAUUCGUGCUCCUAGCAGCGGUGGAAAUUCCCACCGAGCGCGGAGGCUGCAUAUUGCUGCCGUGCAUGCCCGCACCCUGGCGGUGCCGAAAUCGUGGUCCGUUACUCUAGAACUACUGCUGGAAGGAAGAUACUGUUUUCUCUGCAAUACCCUCGUUCGGUGCGUACCAACCCGGAGACUGAAGUGGUCACUGCUGGCUAGGAUUGCACUUGCGUGUGCGACACCGACCGACCCCUCAGCUGUGGAAGGAGCUGCAGACUUGCCGUGUUGGAUAACCUUUAAUCUGUCGUGUGGCCAUGUUCUUUCCGACCAUUACUGCUGACUUUGUAAUAACCUUUCUCCAUACUGCUGAUGAUCAACAGUGUGACUCUUAUGCACUCAAAGUACUGAAUUCUAACUGUCCUGUGGUUUAAAUGUUAUUGCUACUUCAUGGAAACAUUGAACUCAAAUUAUUCACUUGGUUUGUUGUACUCACUAAUAGUAGCUACCACCCUUUUGCUUCUUCUACGUAUAUGCAGUACUAUAACUGACACAAUAGAGUAAUAAUUGGUGAAGAGGAAUUUAUGGUAGCUUCAUCUAGUGCUCUGUUAUAUAAAUUGACUAUUUUAGCACAGUUUUUAAAGAGCAGAUUCCUUUUGACAAGUUUACAGUGAACAUAAAGACAGUUCUUUUCCAUUUCAGGUCAACUGCACUUUUUAAAAAUUAAAAAGAAAUUAUUCAAAUCCAAUGCAUUCUAGCGCAUGUACUGGGUUAAAAUGUCUGGGUACCUCGGUACGUAUUCUGGAUCACUCUCCAGUUAUGGGACUUGUGGAUCCUUCUCUGUUGUACACAAAACCAUGAAGCGAGUGUGUUCUCAUAGCGUAGAUAUCCCAGACUUUCGCUGUAGCUCAGCUCAGGAGGUUCGUGCACACAUCACGUGGCUCAGCCUGCAACAGGAUUUUUAAUUUUCUUUUCUAGAGAGUUCAAACUGUCCACAUUGAAAACAGCCUGAGAGUACUGAGGACGGAACUGACAAACGAGCUGAUGGAAUGCCAGAUUGAUAUUAAUCCUACAUGAGACAUCAGUCGUGUCGUGUGGAAACUCUAGCUGAAGUAAAGAUACCACCUCGUAACUGUUAGACAGCUUGAAGCGCGUGAAGUCAGCCUUUCCCUGGUUGUUGCGAUGUUUUGUAAGAGAUAGGCCAAGGCUUAAUUCAAGCUUUUUUCUGAUUCAGGAAACACCUUAGAGAACGUUUUCUGACCCCGCUGCGGUGGUACAACUCUCAUAGUCCCUGCGGACGAUGGGAUUGCGUCUGGGUUAACGGGAACAGACAUUGCGCCGCCAGCUUGCUCCGGCCCCCUGCGCGCGCGGUGUGUCCGCUUGUGUUGCUGACAGAUAACCGCAGAGUUCUAGACCCGCGUCCUCGCAGAAAAGUACAAAUUGGCAAAAAUAGAAUUAUUUUGAAAGUACUUGUUUAUCCUGAACACGCUUGUAAUAAAAUUGGAUGUAUUUGCUUCUAGAAGUGGGAGUGGCUUAACUCUGCGUAGCACGUGCUUUCACACGCCUGCGAACUCUGUCUUACCAUCUGGUGCAGCAUAAGAGGACAGACGCAUCUUGGAAGAUUCCCCGUGUGAGUCAGGUGAUGUCUUUUAAUGAUUUCUGCCCCAUUUCUUUUUUCACAUUAUUUUGUAUAAAGAGUACCAACUUGUCUGUCGCUCUUGCUGGUAAGGGAUGUCGAGCAUCUCAGCAUCCGCUGUCAGGAGCAGUGGUGGUACUUACCGAGGUUUGGGAUAGAAAAUGUCUCAUCUUACCGGCGCUGACUGUGCACUGGCUGUCAUUCAGCUUUUCCUACAGUACCAUGCAAUGCUCCUCUUUUUCUUCUUGAUUUGGAAAAACCCCUCAGAUUGUGCUAAAAACCGUUCUUAGUUCUCAUGUAACUUGUUUGUACUUUCUUAGUUCAUUACCAGUUCAUCAUUUUAGUUAUUUUCCACGGUUGCUUUUGAUGCUAAAGCCUCGUUGGCAGAGUUUUGCAGGUCCUGAUGCAGCAUACUGUGGAUUCCGGACGCUGGUGUCUCUGAGGAGGGCAGGGACAGCUCUGUAGUUGAGAAAUUGUGCCUCAAGCCCAUAGAUUUUAUGUGAAACGGAGGCUUUGUAUUGACUUAGGGAAAUACGUGUAUUUUGAAGUGUAACGGAGUUGGGAUGGCCCUAGAACGUGCUCGUUAGCGUGGUCCUUGCUGCCCCGUCCAGGUAGAGAGCAGCUGAGCUGUGCCAUCGCUCAGCACCGCUCGCAGCGUCGGACAGGAGCAGAACAGUAAAAGAUUUGGUUUUCUUUAGUCAGCUGAUUUGUCGGCAAUUUAGAAAAGCUUUCUGUUUGUGACUCGCGUCUGACUGUGCUGUUAGGAGGGACGGAGAGAAUACCGUAGUGAAAAACUCGCGUACACGUGGGGGAAGUUGGGAUCCCGGUCAGAAGCGGGGCUCUGCGUGGAGGGAGAGCUGGAAUUCCACCCUUCGGAGCAAAAUAGUAGUUACUGCUCCGACCUGAUUGUUCCUGGUUUAGGUACCAGAUUCUCUGAAGUUUUUUGUUCCUGGACAAAGAUUCUUGAUGGUUUUAUUUUACACGAGGGUCUUCAGCAGUAGUAGCAAACCUUGCUGAACGCAGAGAACGUGAGGUGUGGCGUUGUCUCUUACGCAUUUUGACCACGUUUGUGGGACUUUUUUUUCUUUUUCUUUUUUUUUUUUUAUGUUCAGGGAAGUAAAGAUAAAUUAGAGCUUUGGGCAUCAACAGAGCUGAGUGAAUGAUUAAGCACAGAUUUUUAAACAAAUUAUCUGAAAGUCCUUUAAAACAAAAUGAGCAGUAUCGAAGAUUUAAGCAUGUAUGGGAAUUGUUUCUUAUAUUUCAAAAUAGAGAAUUCCAUGCCAGAUAGAGCCAUAUUAAGCACUCCCCUGACACAUCCACGUGCCGUCAGUGCUGCAGGGAUUAUUUUCUGAUUAUUCUUUGUCUCUGACGUACAAGGUGACAAAGGCGGUAGGACUAGACCCUGGAAAGGCAGUGCCUGGGGGAGGGGGUUGCAGGAAGCCGGGUGAUUUCUGCAGGAGCAGGGCUCGGGGCUGCAGCGUGACGUUUAGGAGAGCUGCAGCUCUGUCUCUGUGCUUCCCCUUCCCCUUCCCCUCCGCAGUGAGGUAGGGUGGCGGGUUUGAUACGUGGGAGUUACUGUAAAUUAACGUCUCGCUUCAAGAACAGGGAUCCAGCAAGUUCUAGCCAAAAUCAGUCUUUUAUGAGUUGAAAUUGAAGUGCAGGACAAGCAAAGCAGCAGUUAUUCCUGCUGCAAGCAGAGCGUAACUGAGGAACCAUUUGGAGCUGGGCACGAGCUUGGCCGGUGCUGUAAGGUGUCCCCUGGACAGCACGUCAGCUGAGAUGUCCCAUCGUUGCAGGUAUAAAUUGGGCAGUUUUUAUUAUUCAGAGUUUUUUUGGUAACUAUUUUGCAAAUUCAUGAAACCGUUAAAGGAACAUUUCCUUUUUUUUUUUUUAAAUCCUUCAUCUAACUGUAGGCUAUCCGGUUUACUAAGUAUAAAAGCUUCUUCAUGUUAGUUACGUUUGAGCUUUCUGUUUUGUCACCGGUCCAGCAAAGCCUACGGCUGCAGCCUCACGAGUGACUUCUCAAAGCGCUGCUGUGAGACGAGCCCUGCUGGGGUGAAUACGGGAGCUGACCCAACUGGCAUUGACGUUCCUGGUACGUUAUUCCCCGUUAGGCUUCAAAAGCAAAGACUCCGAGCACGCUAAUAGUAGUUGGAUGUGCGGUUUGGAAACCUGUGGGGUAGGGACCGUGCUGUGCGAAGGGGACAGCACACAGCUCCAGGAGAUACGCCUCAGCUUAGUCGCAUCCGGAUUUUCCUUCAUUUCAACAACUCUCCUUUAGAAACGCAGCAGAAGUUUUUUCUUCUCAAAAGGGAAAAAAGGAAAUAGGAUCAUCGGAUUGGGUUUGGUUUUAAUAUAAAUGCGGGUGUUUGCCGUCGGGUGCGCAGAUAAUAGGAACCGUUGUGUAUUUGGUGCUAAACCCAGACCUGUUUAUCCCAGUUGCGAUGCUGUACAGGUGGAUGCUGUUGAUGUCCAGUAGAACUGCUCGGGGUGUUGAUUUUGUGCAGCAACCUUUGUAGGUUUGCGGUCUCCGAUGGCAGUAAAUUGGCUCACGAGAAGUGAAAUACCUGGAGCUCUUCUCUGUGCUGCUCUUUUCCUGGCAGCUGAUCGGUUUUAGGACUAGGUGGUUCUUUAGUAUCACGUACAUAUCUACCUACGGCGGGCGUUCGCAGUCGCACCCGGGUUCCGCUGUUCCCCACGCAGCAGAUGGCAACGACACGGUUACUUUAACUCUGAAAUGCUCACGCUCUAAAUAGAUAUGGAGGAAGGACUAUUUUGAAGUGUACAGUAGAAAGUAAAUAAUUUUAGUUGUGUUGAUUAAUAUAAGGAAUGAGUCAAUUCUACAAAUUAAAGAAAAAAUCUGAAAAGCAUAUUUUGAAAAAGUAUAGUAUUAAUUUUAAUAUUGUAAAAAAAAAAAGGAAAAAUAUCUAAAAUAUACAGAGAACAUAUGUAUGUCCAAAUGUCUGAGGAAUUUCGAGAUAAUCUACUUUUGUUUUCUGUUGGUUUCUAUUCCAUGGUGUACAUAUUGUGUGGAUUGAACAUUGGCUGUUUUAAUACUAUUGUUAAAUUGUAUUUUUAUUUUGUGUUAAACUAAUCAUCACAGACUCAGCUUUAUUUUGUUUAUGUAAAGGUUGCUAUGCUAUGUAGGUAUAAAACCAAGAAUUCUAUUUUAACAAAAAAGCAUUUUAUAUUAUUUAUUAAAUACAUGUUUCUCCAACUUCGGACAUUCCACAGAAUUUCUGCUCCGUAUAUGUAUAGAAACGGCAGUUCCUUUCAAGCAGGAUCAGUCAGCUUUAUUCUGUUUUUCAUAAUAAAGUUGAAAUAGUUCCCGUCCGUCUGUCCAGCUUACCCUUCCGUAGUGACUUCCAGGCACCGUCGGGCCCAUCUCGACGUGCCGUGGCUCGUGAAUGCAGAAACACCUGAAAAACUCUUGGAAACAAACCCCUCGGUUUGAUAUUUCUGAAUUUCCCCUUUAUUCCUCAGCAUUCCAGAGAGCGAGCUUGUACUCACAGGAGUCUGUGCUGGGUUAACGAGAAUUAACAACCUUAAAUUGGGGCAAGGAAUCGGUGCGAUAUUUGGAAAAGCUCAGACGUCAGCUCAGGUAUUUGCAAAGCUCGUUAGUCCCAAGGUUAACGAGCGAGUGGCAGGGAGAGCCCGGCGAGGCUGCGGCUUGCCCGGGUGCGGGGCUGCUCGGAGCCGUGGCGCGGGCUCGGGGCAGGGACGCGCUGGCUGGCGGCCGUGACAGCAGAGCGUUACGCGCUGGCGGUGGCUUCGCUGUUCCAGGGUGGUUACUCGGUCCUUAGGGACAGGCUGGAGCCCGCGGGGACAGGAGCGGUGUCCUGCGGCCAGGGCGGAUGCCCGGCCAUGGCACGGGACUCUGCUUGUUCCCCCGCGCCGCAGCCGAGGAGGGGAGCGGGCACCCCCGGACCCCGGUAGGGACCGUCCCUCCGGGGGCACUGGGAAGGCGAGCCCGCGCGCCCCAGCUGAAACCGCCUCCCGAGCCAGCCCCUCGCCGCGAGUAACCGCGGGCUCGGCCGUGCUGCUGUCCCCCAUGGCACAGGCCCGUGAGCCGGAGAGCCGGCGGGCUCGCUCUGCCUGCCGGGAUGUGCGCUGCGGGUGCUGGGUGCAUCUGUGGGUAACCACACCAGGCACUUCCUUCCCGAGCAAGGUCCAAAAAUAGCACAAAAUUCAUCAGAGAACUCAUUUGCUAAAAGUAAUUCCAGCUGCAGCCAUGGCCUCUGCAGUUUCAGGAAUACUCCGGGUAUUAACACCCACGCUUUUUAGUUUCUGCUGUGGUGGGGCUUGAAGAACGUGCUCUUCGGGGCUUCACCGAACGACAUCUCGAGGGUGAAACGUGGCGUUUGCCAGCCGUGCCGCUGAAGCCGCCUCUUCUUGUUGAGACGCUGCCCGAAGCGGGGAGGAGGCGGCUGCUUUUCCCCGUAGUCGCGCUUGCCUUGGUUUCCAUUUUCCCCUUUUCACGCCUGCCCGAUCGCAUUUUCUUUCUGCGGCUGAGGAGUGAGCUGCAGCGCUGAGCUCUGCCCGAGAGCACCCGGAGGGAGGGAGAAGCCAGCGCCGGGUAUGAACCGCGCCGGUGCCUGUGAGAUCGCGGUUUCUCAGCGUCGCCCGCCAGAAACGUGCCGUGAUUGGGAUAGUGCCGAGCCCGAUGCCGCCAACCUGACGCGUGCCCAAGCGGGGCUUUGUUAGAAAACCUGGGGACGGGCGCAGAAAGCUGGUUGUUCGUCCAGGGUCAGGAUUUACCCGGGUUUGUGUAGCUCGGUGCGUCGCCAGCCUGGCAAAGCAGACGGAGCCGGGCGAGCUACGGCCGUGCCUGGGUGCGGGGCUGCGAAGAGGCUUUCCCGGCUGCAGCGGGCAUCUUUUCCUUAAGGAAAGGGAGAGAUCAUAGAGCAGGUGAGACGGCAAAUAAAAGAGUCUGAAAAACAGAAUAAAGCGAGAGCAUCCUAGGAGAGGUGUUUUUAUGAGCACUGUUUCAGUGACUACAUUCGGUCCUUAAAAAAAAAAAAAAGGAGCAGAAUCACAUGAAUAGCUACUAGUGAUUUAAAGAAAUAUAUUGAAAGAGAACCUGUUUUCAAUGUGUAAUUUAAUGGUAAGAAAAGCCAGUAUCUGUAAAUAACUUUAGAUAUUGUAUCUAUGAGAAUCAUUCUUUGUUUUAUGUACUUGGCUCUUUUCAUAUUUAUUGUGCAGAGGAGGGUGUGCCCCGUGCCGGUGUGUGCUGCUGCACGUUCCAGUAGUACUUCUCACAGAGACUGUCUUCAGAGUUUACAGUCCUCGGCGAUUUGUGACUGAUGUGCCACACUUAGUUAAUUCCGCCGUUAUUUUUUUAAAGGAUUCUUUUGGCACAGCUAAGCUGCUUCUGUGUGUUGGUCAGUACAACUGCUCUCGUACGACGAGAACCCCAAUAAAAACCGUCCUUUGCGUGUG